GUGACAGAUAUAGGUUCUUUGUGGAGAGGUACUUUACCAUGCCAAUUUAAUACCCACCUCCCUCACCUUCUCCCUCUCAUUCCCAUCGCUUGGAAGUUGGAAUAUUGAACUGAAAUUCAGGUUAGAAAAUAACCUAACCAACCUUUCUUUCUCUCUCUCUCUCUUGAAAGAAGAGGGAGAGGAGAAAAAGAAAGAGAAAAGAGAGGGUGUUUCACUUUAACUUGCUUACUCUGGUUGCAAGCCAAAACAUAAAAAAUGGCGAACAAUCUGUUGGAGGUUCUGAACGUGAGAACGAUCGGCAUCGGCGACAAGAUACUGGUUCUCGCCCACGGCUUCGGCACAGACCAGUCUGUAUGGAGGAGCAUCGUUCCUUACUUCACCCCUCACUACCGUAUCGUACUCUACGACCUCGUCUGCGCAGGAAGCGUCAACCCUGAUUACUUUGAUUUCCGACGAUACACCUCUCUAGAGCCUUACGUUGAUGAUUUACUCAACAUACUCGAUGCCCUCCACAUUGAAAGUUGCGCCUACGUCGGCCAUUCCAUCUCUGCUAUGAUCGGCAUCCUCGCCUCCAUCCGCCGCCCUCAACUCUUCACCAAACUCAUCCUCAUCGGCGCCUCCCCAAGGUUCUUGAACGACACAGAUUAUCACGGGGGAUUCGAUAGGGGAGAGAUCGAGAGGGUUUUCACGGCGAUGGAAGCUAAUUACGAGGCUUGGGCUAGUGGAUUCGCACCUUUAGCGGUGGGGGCCGAUGUGCCGGCGGCAGUAAGAGAAUUCACGAGGACAUUGUUCAAUAUGAGGCCGGACAUAUCGUUGUUCGUGUCGAGGACGGUGUUUGAUAGCGAUCUGAGAGAUGUUUUAGGGCAAGUCAGUGUGCCUUGCUGCAUCAUCCAGAGCGCCAAAGACGUGUCGGUGCCGGUAUCGGUGGCCAUCUACUUGAAGAACCACCUAGGAGGGCGGAACACGGUGAAGAUAUUGCAGACUGAGGGACAUUUGCCGCACUUGAGUGCGCCUAACUUGCUGGUUCAGUAUCUCCGGCGAGCUCUCUCCCGGUGCUGACAGUGACAGUCAAUGGUAGUAAAAAGGUCGCUCGCAUUUUCUGCUUCUGGAUUAAUCAUUAUUUGUAACCACAUCGUACUUCACAGUUCACACGCAGCAAUUAAGAAAAAUGUCCAGAUUCUCUCUAUCCACGUGGGUGCUCCCCAUACCCCACACGGUGAGGGCCAAUGAGAUGAAAUCUCCACUAGAGGUUGGAUGGGUGGAGAUUCUAAUUCAUUGGUGCUCCCCCUGUGGGGAGCAACCACGCGGGUAAAGGAUCAACUGCACUUAAGAAUCAUGUGCAGGUUUGAAUUAGGGGUGUUAAUCGAUCGGUUAAGUUUUGAUAGAAUUUGGUUUGGUUUGAUCUGUUAUUUUAUCGGUUUUUCGUUUUUUUUGGAGUUUGAUUUUAUUUCGGUUACAUGUAUGCAUAAGGAAAUUAAUGAAAAAAAUAUUCUACCUUUUUUGGGUUUUCGGUUUUUA